AUGGAAAAUUCGGGUCCGGUGAUACUUGACAUAAGCUCCGAUGAGGAGGGUGGAGGUAAGGGCGAUGAAUCGUGUGACCUCGUUUUGGUGGGUGGGGCUUUUCAGAACCCUUCAAAGAAAUCGAGGCGGGAGCCUUUGAAGCUGUCUGGUAACUUUGUAGGUGGUGGUGGUGGUGGUGGUGGUGGUGAUGAUGAUUGUGUGGUUUUGGAAGGUGACCCUGAUAAACCGGUGGUGGCAGAACCCACGCAGAAAUCAAUUGGCGUUAAGGUCGAUGGAGAAUGUGAUGAUGGAGAUGAUGUGGAGAUUGUUGCCGAGAAGGGCGAGGUUGCAUGCAGAGACUUCCCUCACGCACGACAUCUUUGUGCGAAAUAUCUAUUUGCUUCAACUGGGCACCAGAUCCAUUGUAGCCUGUGCCACUGUUAUGUGUGUGAUUCAGUGGCCCCGUGCCUCCUUUGGGGGACUGGACUAUCCAGUUCCGACCAUUGCCACGCAACAGAUAAAGAGGAGUACUGGAAAGCUGAACGAGAACGAACCAAGAAAGGCCCAAAUCCCGCGCCAGCUGUCGCCCCCCUCAUCAGCAACACCACCUCCCUAGCCAGACCCCUUUUGGCUCAACUGGGCCCACUGCCCCAUUAUCCCAUCGGGCUCCCCCCUGUGGCCCCUGUUUAUAUGCCGCAGCCCACACCCGUGAGCAAAAAUCCAAUCUCUAAUCCCGCAGCAGCUGUCACCCCCCUCAUCAAUAACACCACCCUAGCCAGACCCCUUUUGGCUCAGACACUGGGCCCACUGCGCCAUUACCCCAUCGGGCACCCCCCGGUGGCCCCUUUUUACAUGCAGCAGCCCGCGGGCCCACGGCCCACACCCAUUAGCAAAAAUCCAAUCUCAAAGCUGCACAGCGUCCGUCCCCUCGGGUCCCAGCUCUCGAAAAACGGGCCCAUGGCAGAAAUCAAGAAAAUGCUCAAGGAGAGGCGUCGAUCGUCCGCACCACGCCCCGUGAACCGUACCGCGCGCCGCAGAAGCACUCUCGGGACUCGUUCUUCUCAUUCACAGCAGCCAGUCAAUGUGGGCCACGCGAGCUACUUGCCUUCUCAGAACCCAACAUCGCUUGUGAGUGGAAUUGCUCAGCCGAGCCAAUUGCUCCGGCCCUGUACUAAAAGUUCGGUUUUCACUGCUUAUCUGAAUGAAAUGAGUUCAAGAUUCGGAAUCCCGCCCAAUCAAAGUGCGGGAAAUAAUAACUCAGGGAAUCAAUUUUCGCAACCUCAGGCUCAGGUUGGAGUUCCGGUUGAUUUUCAGCAAGUUAGUCAAGAAGCUCUCAACCGUAUAAAUUCAAGCCUGAAAGAUUUGAACUCGAAGGUUUCACAAUUGCAGAGCGCGGGGUCUACUGUUAGUCAAACUCUCAACCGUAUAAAUUCAGGCCUGAACGAUUUGAACUCGCCGGUUUCACAAUUGCAGAGCGCGGGGUCUACUGUGGACUCUAAUAAAGGGCCUGUAGCUGAUAAUUUCCAACAAGGGAGCUUUGGAAGUGCCCUUGUCGUUGCCGCUUUGGAACGAGUUCCCACCAGAGCCCGCUCCAGUAGUAGACGCCCAUUCAGUGGACUCCGGUCGAUGAUGGCAGCACCCACGCCAAAAUCAAUUGGCGUUAAGGUCGAUGAUGUGGUGAUUGUUGCCGAGAAGGGCGAGGUUGCAUGCAGAGACUUCCCUCACGCGCGACAUCUUUGUGCGAAAUAUCGGUUUGCUUCAACUAGGCACGAGAUCCAUUGUAGCCUGUGCUACUGUUAUGUGUGCGAUUCAGUGGCCCCAUGCCUCCUCUGGGGGACUGGACUUUCCAGUUCCGACCAUUGCCACGCAACCGAUAAAGAUGACUACUGGCGGGCUAAGCGUAAACGAACCAAGAAAGGCUCAAAUCCCGUGCCAGCUGUCGGCCCCCUCAUCAGCAACACCUCCCUAGCCAGACCCCUUUUGGCUCAGACGCCAGCCCCACGGCACCAUCAAGUCCGGACCCCUGUAGCCCCUGUUUACAGGCCGCAGCCCGUGCUGCCACAGCCCACAACAGUUAGCAAAAAUCCAAUCUCGAAGCUGCACAACGUCCGCCCGCUUGGGUCCCAGCUCUCGAAAAACGGCCCCGUCUCAGAAAUCAAGAAAAUGCCCAAGGAGAGUUGUCGCUCAUCCGCGACCCACACCGUGCACCGUACCGCGCACCAAAGAAGCACUUGGACCCAUUCUUCUAAUAGUUCCGCCUACGCUGCUUAUGGGAAUGAAACGAGUAAAAGAUUCGUAAUACCACCCAAUCAAAGUGUGGGAAACAACUCAGGGAACCAAUCUUCUCAACCUCAGGCUCAGGUCCGGACCCCUGUAGCCCCUGUUUACAGGCCGCAGCCCGUGCUGCCACAGCCCACAACAGUUAGCAAAAAUCCAAUCUCGAAGCUGCACAACGUCCGUCCGCUUGGGUCCAAGCUCUCAAAAAACGGCCCCGUCUCAGAAAUCAAGAAAAUGCCCAAGGAGAGUUGUCGCUCAUCCGCGACCCACACCGUGCACCGUACCGCGCACCAAAGAAGCACUGGGACAUGUUCUUCUAAUAGUUCCGCCUACACUGCUUAUGGGAAUGAAACGAGUAAAAGAUUCGUAAUACCACCCAAUCAAAGUGUGGGAAACAACUUAGGGAACCAAUUUUCUCAACCUCAGGCUCAGGUGUACUCUAAUAAGCACCAGGGUGCUGGCGCAAAGGAAAGCAGUCAGAUUAAAGGGCCUGUAGUCAAUUUCAAACAAGGGAGCUCUGGGAGUGCCCGUGUCGUUGCCCCUUUGAAACGAGUUCACACCACAGCCCGCUCCAGUAGUAAACACCGGUAA